CGCAACUUCGCCGCAUUUUCCAAAACUGUCCACAUAUCAGUUGCUUCCGCCAAAUAACCCUGCAAGCUGCCUCAGUCUCAUCCACCCUUCCUCCUCCUAAGCCACAUCUCACCAUGGUCCGCAAAACCUCCUCGGGUUUCUUCUCGUCCAUUCACGAAGACAUGCCUCUCCACGUAUCAAGGGGCUAUGACCGAAUAGUCCAGCAUACUGCCUACCCAUCCUCCUCGAUACCUCCUAGUCCCCAAAUAGAGAAAUUCUUUCCUGAGAGAUAUACCCAGCCGUACCUGGACUUUAUGACCCAGAACCCGACCAUCUUUCACGCCGUGGACCACUUCACAAAGAAAUUAGACAGGGCCGGCUAUGUGUAUCUAUCAGAACGUGAGCAGUGGAAGAUUCAGCCCGGCGGGAAAUACUAUACAAAGCGGAAUGGCAGUGCAUUCAUUGCCUUUGCUGUCGGGAAAGACUACAAGCCUGGAAAUGGCGUUGGGAUAGUCGCCGGUCAUAUCGAUGCUCUCACUGCAAAGGUCAAGCCAGUUCCAAAGCUGCUGACAAAAGCUGGGUACGUCCAGCUCGGUGUCGCACCCUACGCCGGGGGAUUGAACAUGACCUGGUGGGAUAGAGAUUUGGGUAUCGGCGGCAAGGUUCUUGUGAAGAACGACGAUGGGAUAAUAGAAGAGAAGCUUGUCAAACUGGACUGGCCCAUUGCAAGGAUACCAACACUUGCACCCCAUUUUGGAGCAGCUGCCAUGGGUCCGUUUAACCUUGAGACCAACAUGGUCCCGAUCAUCGGACUUGACAAUUCGGACAUUUCGGGAAAGGAGCUGCCAUCACUGAAGCUACCUGCCGGAACUUUUGUCGCAAAGCAACCAGAGCGUCUGGUGCGAGCGAUUGCAGGACGAUUGGGUGUCAAAGAGUAUACUUCUAUCGUCAACUGGGAACUGGAGCUUUUCGAUAUCCAGCCCGCCCAGCUUGGCGGCUUGGAUAAGGAGUUCAUCUUUGCAGGCAGAAUCGACGAUAAGCUCUGCUGCUUUGCUGCUAUCGAAGGGCUUCUCGCCUCCCCCGACGACGCUUCCCCCGGUAUCAUUAAAAUGGUUGGGUGCUUCGACGAUGAAGAAGUCGGAAGCUAUUUAAGGCAAGGUGCACGAUCCAACUUCAUGCCCAGCGUCAUCUCGAGGAUCUGCGAGGCCUUGAACGACUACUGUGGUCCCAACCUGAUCAAUCAGACCCUGGCAAACUCAUUUCUCGUCUCUUCCGAUGUGAUCCAUGCUGUCAAUCCCAACUUCCUCUACGCGUACUUGGAGAAUCACUCGCCGCGCCUGAAUAUCGGAGUGGCCGUCUCCGCGGAUCCUAACGGACACAUGACAACCGACAGCGCCUCCUCUGCCUUGUUGUCACGAAUUGCUGAGAAAUGUGGUAGCACAUUGCAAGUGUUUCAAAUUCGAAAUGACAGUCGGAGCGGUGGCACUAUUGGACCUAUGACUAGCUCAAAAUUAGGGUGUCGCGCAAUCGACUGCGGCAUCCCGCAGUUAUCAAUGCAUUCUAUCCGAGCAACCACAGGGUCGCUCGACCCCGGUCUCGGAGUGCAACUAUACAAAGGCUUUUUCGAUUAUUAUGAAGAGGUCGACGCCGAGUUUGCCAACUAGCAUGCGCAGGAUUAUGUAAAGGGUUGUAACAAUACCGCGGCACAUAGAAACUAGAGACUCGCGAUUGUCGGUUCAAUAGAAGCUUAAACCAGGCUCCAUUUCGAUUCAAACACUUUAGGUGUAGCUACGUCCGUGCACUGCCUGGAAACCAAUCAAGCCCCUAUCGCAUCAGAAACACUUCAACCGAGGUAUAGACAACUUGUUCACAGCAGCUGGUGGAGAUCUGAGCAGCAACAUUGGGGAAAGUCACUCAGGGCUAUAGUACGGACAUGGCUCACCGUUUAGUUGAUUGUGGAAAUGAG